UAACCCCACAUUUCUCUCAUUUCUCUCUUUCUGGCACCAUUUUGUUUAUAUUUUUUAGUUUCCCAGAAGUUAUGGUACGCAGAGACGCACGCACAGACGCACGAGACCCUGACAUCAACCGCCUCAACGCUAGUUGGCACAUUGCGGGAGCUAUCGACUAUGAAAGGCCUCGCCUGUUACUACCUAGGCGGGUUAGUCACACACUUGCACCCUCGGACGUCGUCGUCCCUUAUCUGAGGGAGGUUGGGUUUGGCGACAAGGUGCAGCUCAGGGACUUUGUGUUUGACAACUCCCAAAUCACUGCAUUCGUGGAGCUCUGGCGUCCAGAGAGCCACACUUUCCACCAGUCAUGGGGUGAGUGCAACAUCACCCUACAGGACAUUGCGUACCACCUCGGACUACACACACACGGGGAGCCAAUGGGUGGGUGCCUGCAUGACUUCCAGACUUGGUACCAGCGACUGACAUGGGAGUACGUGGAGGAGCUCUUGGGUGCCAAACCCCCAUGGUCCAUAGCAAGGUGCCCAAAGAAAGAAGUCGUUUAGCAUUAAGAUGACAUGACUUCAGGACAGAGUCUGCCACAUGCCUCCGAGUACCACGGAUCCAACCACCCUCCGAUAGUACACUAAGUGUUACAUCAUACUACUGAUCGGUGGUUACCUGAUGACCGACAAUCCAACAAUCAGGUGCAUAUCAAAUGGUUUCCACUGUUGGCCGACUUCGGGAGGUGUAGCGGUCUAUCAUGGGGGUCCGCUGUGCUUGCAUGGAUGUACCACUCCUUGUGCCAUGCAGCACAUUGUGACACCACGGACAUAGCCGGAUGUACACCGCUGCUAGUCUCGUGGAUAUACCACAGGAUUCCACAGUGGUGUCCACUGGAGAGGCAGAUUAUGACCUUUCCUCUAGUAGUGAGGCAAUUGUUAUCGUUUAAUGUUC